AUGCACUCGGGCAGCGCUGGUAUGGGACGUUCCUGGCUGGGCGUCGUGGUCUUUCUCAUGGCGGCGGCGCUCGCUGUUCAUUCUGCCACUGCCGCUGCUGAUACGGAGGUGAAGCCAUAUUCGAUCGAUGUGCCGGCGAGCGUGCUGGAGGACCUGCAGUACAGGCUGGCCCACGCGCGUUUCCCACAGCCGCUGGACACCUUCGAAACGGCCGACCAGUGGGCCUACGGCACCCCGGCCGCCUACAUGAAGGAGCUCACCCACUACUGGCUCCACUCCUACAACUGGACCGAGCAGCAGGCCAAGCUCAACCAGUUCCCCCAGUUCACCACCGAAAUCGAGGGGCUGUCGGUGCAUUUCCUGCACGUCCGGUCGAAGGCGCCCAACGCCAUUCCCCUCAUCCUGUCGCACGGCUGGCCCGGCUCGGUGUUGGAGUGCACCAAGGUCAUCCCGCUCCUCACCGAUGAGCGUGCCAGCAUCCCCUUCCACGUCGUGUGUCCCAGCCUUCCCGGCUACGGCUUUUCUGAAGCCCCCAAGGAGCCCGGAUUCGAUCCCACCAAGAUCGCCUCCAUGUUCGUUCAGCUGAUGGAACGCCUGGGCUACACCGAAUAUGUGGCGCAAGGCGGCGAUUGGGGUAGCGCCAUCACCACCGAGAUUGGCAUGCAGGCUCCCCAGCACUGCCGCGCGAUCCACAUCAACUUCCUCCCCACUGGCCCUCCCUCCGACAAAGGAAUGCUGGCCUCGCUGAAGCUGGGGCUGUCGUACCUCUUUCCGAGUUGGUUCUACACGCCCCGCGAAAUCCACAACAUCCGGGAGGUCUUCUCGGCGACCAAGCCACACACGGUCGGAUUUGCGCUGAACGAUUCGCCGGUGGGUCUCGCAGCUUACAUCGUUGAGAAAUUCAGAACCUGGGGCGAUUGUCGAGGUGAUGUCGAGAACAGUUUCAGCAAGGACGAGCUGCUGACCAACAUCAUGAUCUAUUGGGUGUCACAGAGCAUCACGCCCAGCAUGCGCCUGUACUAUGAACAGUUCCACACCAAGGAGUCCGUCUUCGACAAGGGCGCCCGCUUGUAUGUCACCGUACCCACC